UUCCCGCUCUCCUUCCGGAAGUGCUCCGACGCGCCGAGUGCUCUCUCGUGUUCCCGCGCGCCAGUGUCGAGCGAGGCUCGUCGACCUCCGUUCUCGGGAUCAACGAGACCCGACGACCGACGGAAGGUCGUCCGAGACUGAUCUCGACGGGAAGUCUCGACAGGUUUCGAGACCGUCCGAAAAAUGCGACGCGUGUAGCAAUGAGAGCUCAAGUGAUGUCACUUGGGACGUGAUUGCGACACGAGAGCGGCUUUCGUCGGUAACUCGGAGGCUGCACGGUGAAACAUUUUGUGUUAAAUUUAACACGACCUCGCGAACGGUCCGCUCGAGUUUUUGUGUUAGUUCGACGCAAGGUGAAUAUGUUGAGAAAUAAUGCAAAUAUCACGCAAAAUUGACGCGUCAAUCGAUAUUGAAGCAUGUGCUGUCCCGAUGCUUACACAUGUUUUGAAUAUCGACGCGAUACAAAGUGUUGAGAUAACAUAAACAUAAUAUGUUAAAUUAACACACGGCUAUGUUGGAAAUUUAACGCAAGAAUCUCAACGAGGACCGAUUUUAACGCGAGCAUAAAAUGUUUUUUUUUACUGUGUACAGUGAGAAUUUAGUGGCUGAAGAAUUUAGCGUUGUAAAUGAUAAUAGUAACGAGGUAAACGUACGAAGUUAACAAAAUACCUAAUGAUAAACAAAAUAUUAGCAGUACGCCGACAGAUUGGAGGAAUUUCAGUCAAAAUACUGCGGCAGGUCUGUAGUUAUCUCUGUGCCUACAUUAAGCUUGUGCUUUGUCGAUAGAAUCUGCUGGUAUAGCUUGAUCGCGGAUUGGCGGUAGAAACUGAGGAGUAUCUGUAGUAUGUUUCAUUUAAGCGCAUUUAAAUGAUUACAGAAAAACGGAAGAUUCCAUUUAGUUUCUGCCGUCAAUUUGUUAUCGUAUGGUCUGUUCUUUUUAACUAAACUGGCUGCACCGGUUCAAGAAAUUUACAUACACAUUGAAGCACAUGAGGCAAACAUACAUGAUUCUCACACUUUGGUAUGUAUAAAUUUCUUGAAUUGAUACAGCCAGUUUUGCCAAGAAGAAGUGACCGAUGCUCUGCUAGCAGAUCCUGUUGUAUUUCUGCUAACAAGCUGCCGGCAAAAUCUGCAGCAGGCGCGAAAUCUGCUUGUGCAGGUUCGGCUAUCCGGGUGGAGUAACGAUUGCACUUGUAAAGAACCAUAGAGAAUUUUACAGGAAGCUUAACGAGACGUCAAUGUAAACGAAAUCAAUGAUGACCACAAGCAUCGCGACGACGGACAAGCCGAAGACGACGAACCCGUUCCGGACAUUCAGCAAGACGUACCCGAGCGCCACCGACAACAGCUGGUUGUUCCGCAGGAGGUCCAUGCCCAACAGGCCUACCGUGUUCGCGGCGAAUCCGCGGGGAAUCAAGAGUACAACGAACUUCAAGCCGUCUAAGAGCGAGAGAGUAGCUGCGGAGAAGAGCAAACGGGGCGCCGUGCUGCGCGAGGCGAUGCUGAAGUUAAACGCCCCCGGCGCCGGCUGUCUUAGUGAUAACUUAGUGGACACGCUCAAGAACUCGUGUAAGUUCAGCAUUUCCAGCAAGAGCUCCAAGAGAAUCGAGUCCGAAUCGGUCGCGAGGGACCUCAAGGAGCUGGAGAUGCGCCGGGACUGCCGGCAGACCAAGGACGACACCAGUAUUCAGGACGACGACUAUGAAGCCGGUGGUUAUCAGCGCACCCGCAGCAACACGAUGCCGAGCCUGAAGAGGGGCCCCGGACCAGGCGGAGGCCAGGCGUCCUCCUCGAGCGGCGGCCAGACGGACGGCCCGUCCGGCGGCCAACCUUCAAGUACGAACACCUGUUCGGUGCAGGCGCGGAUAUCGCCACCAUCGUGCGACAUUACGAUCGGGGAGCUCGCCAGCUACUUCGAGGAGUUCGUCCAUAUUCCAAAGAAGAUGUCGCACAUGGCGGAAAUGAUGUACACUUAAUUUUUAAGUAUAUAUACAUAUAUAUAUACAUAUAUAUACACACACACAUAUAUAUGUAUAUGUAUAUAUAUAUGUAUGUAUGUAUGUAUAUGUAUGCGCCAUGUGCAGAUACACACACACACACAAACACAUACACAAGGGAGAAUUCACACCUUGACAGAAAAUAGAAAGCGGAGAAGCAGCAGCCAAUCAGAAUUCGCGCUGAUAGUAAGCAGUAACUGUCGACUACUAACGCGAGUUCUGAUUGGCUGCUGCUUUUCUGCUUUUCCGUCAAGAUGUGAAUUCUCCCUGACUGUUUUGGAUCGCGAUUAUCUUUCAUAACGCAAUUGUCGCGGGAAUGUGUUUGUAUCAAGCAACACGGUGAUGUCGCGGAGCCAAGCACGUAGAAACGCGCUCUAGCGUACGUUGUAAAUUCUCCGACCAUCAUAACGAUACCAUACGCAGACAGGCACGCGACUGCACGUGUGUAUGUAUGUGUGUGUGUGUGCGCGCACACGUGCAUGCAUGUGUGCACGUGUGCGUGCGUUCGUUCCUUCGUUCGCUCACUCGCUCGUUACGUGUCUAAUUUAAUCCGCUAAAUGAUUUUUCUUAAAACACGCGGCAACCGAAGGAGAGAGCACGUUUUGUACUUCCGCCAAAUGUGCGCCGCUCGAAAUUGACGUUGUGCGUUUUAUACGAACAUUCUCGGAGAACGUAACGAGACGUCGCUGUACUUUAUCCUGCAAUCUCUCCCUUUCAUCUUAUUGUUUCUCUUUCUUUCCUUUUCCCCUCUUUAUAUAUUGCACGAUUUUACUUUUCGCGUAAAUCUACGAAAAACAGUGGAGCGUCUGUGUUUUAGAAACUUUUGUAUUGUGAAAGACAGAAAGAGAGAGGAGGAGUAAUCGGUUUUCAAAAUAAAUCGGUGAAUGAGCUCUGAA